AUGGAGAAUGAAUUAUGUAGAUCACGUACAACACGUUGGGCAGAUGUGGAGGCUGAGGAGGAUGAUUUAGAUAUGUCUUUGCCAGUAGAAAGAACAAGUCAAACAACUACUACAUCUAUAUCACAAUCUAAUGCAACGACAUCACUGAAUGCUGAUGGUACUAAUGAUAAGGAUAAGGGAGAUUCAAAAAAGAAAUUUAGUAGUAAUAGUAAUAGCCAAGGUAACUCAUAUAACAAUAAUAAUAAUGGUAAUAAUUCUGGAACUGGUACAUCUAGCAGACAAAAUAAGAAAGUAGUCAAUUUACCUAGAGAGGCACCUUUUAUAGCCAAGGUUACAAAUUUGGACUACUCAUUACAGUUGCGUGACAUUCAGGAUUUCUUCAAAAAUAACAAAAUAGAGGAUGUCAAAAUUAAACUUCCUAUGAGAAAUGGCAAUAAUGAGGGUGUAGCCAUUGUUGAGUUUGAAAACUUUGAGGAUCUCUCCAAUUCUGUAAAUAAUUUGGAUGGAUUGUGUAUUGGAUCAAGAAAUAUCCGUGUUAAUGUGGUUUCCCAAAAAAACAAAAUGGAUGAUAACAAAACGAACCAUCGUGGGAACAAUAAUAUCUCCAGAAGUGGAGGUAACAAUAACAAUAGCAGUAGUAGUAAUAGUUACUCUGGUGGAAGUUCCCAGAAUAACAAUAAUCAAAACAAUAACAACUUUACAUCUGGAAGCAACAGAGGAAAUAAAGCUCAAAACAUGUCAAACAGAGACUCAUCACCAGAUUUCACCAUUGUUAGAAGAAUGAACUCUACAAAAACCAACGAAUCCAACUCAAAAAAUCAAUCCUCAGCUAACAACCUUAGCUCUUCAAGUAAUACUUCAUUCUCUGGAUCCAAACAAACAAGUUCCACUCAAAAAGACUACUUUUCGGAUAAAACCAAACCCGCCUCCAAAUCAAGAUCUAACAACCUCUCUGACCAACCCCACUCAUCUUCUGGCAUACAAAAUGAGACUUCUAAUAAUGCAAUUAACAAAAAUAUCGGCGCGUAUGAAUCCGAAAGAGGCCAUGGCGCCGGCGCGAACCGCCGCUGGAAUUUUGGCGCCUCUAAAGAAAAAGGAAGGUUUAAGCAAUCAGGAAAUGAAAAUGGUCAAUUUAGGACUAAGGGGGGAGGAGGAAAUAGUGGAGGUGGUGGAAAAGGGAAUGGAGGUAUGAAUAAGGACUUUGUAAGUGGAGGAAAUGUUUCUCGUGGAGGUGGAAGUAGAGAUGGGACAGAUUCAAAGAGAGGAAGAGGAGGGUAUCAGGGAAGUGGAGAGGGGGGCAGCAACAGUCACAGUAGUAGGGGAGGAAAUAGUGGCAUUGGUGGCGGUGGAUGUGUAUCUGAGAGCAGAGUAUCAUCAGGUUCGAAAGGGAAAGCGCUUUCCCAGAAAGGAGGAAGUAGUAAUGCAAAUAUAGAAACAAGAAAUAGAUUUGCUGCAUUAGAUGAAAGUUAA